CCUACUGUUUCCCAUUACGUGCCGUCUUGGGCUGGUGGUUUCUGAAAAGUGUUGAAUUUUUAGGUUAUAAUAUGCCUGAUAUCCUUCUGAUAUCAGACCAGGUUACUACAUUGCAAUAAGUUGUAUUACAUGAAAAUGUCGGCUUUAUUUGGUGAUGUCCAAAUCCAGGAAAAGAGAAUAAAAUCUCUGAAACGCCGAAUAGAAACAUGGCGUGUAUUUCUCGUUGCACUAUAUUCAAUUUUAAUAUGGACGGAACCGUGGUAUCCUGUCCCUAUUAUUGGCACUAUUAGCACCACCUUUAUACUGUACUGGUACUGGGACCCACCAAUCCUCACCAGCCUUUCGUUAUUUUUUAUGCUAGCCAGUUUGAUUGACUAUGUUGUUCCUAGAAUUGCAAUGUCAAUCUCUCAUCCACAGCAGUGGACGGCAACUAAAGAAAAAACAUUUGAAAUAAUAUGUGAAUCUCUAGUUAAAACACAAGACAACAUCUGCAAACAGGUAGCAUACUUAAUGGAUCUCAAAGAAAAACGGCCUAAAAUGGUUGAAUUGGAGCAACCCAUGUUUGGAUCAAACUACAUAAAAGGAAAGGUUCGUGCACAGCCCAAUGGUGGAUGGGUUGGUGAAGUGAAGUUCAAACUACACUUCAAGCAUGGAGGAGCCAUUGAGUAUGGUCAAGCUAUGUUGCAAGCUUCAGGCAUAGCAAAACGCAAUCAUCAGUACACCGAUGAACCACCAGCCUACCAGCCGCCCACUGGACCAUGGCAUGAUGCUGCCCCACCAAGCUAUUCUGCCCCAACUGGCUACUAUGGGUGGGUGCCUCCACCGUCUGAUGCAUUUGCUAAUGCUCCCCCAGCUAAUUCAGUUUAUAUGACUGAAAUGCCUCCACCGUAUCCUGGAAUCAACACUGGUGGAUAUGCAUCAUCUGCACAUGAUGCUAAGGCUGCUGAAGCUGCUGCGAGUGGAACAGCAUAUUACGAUCCUAAUACCCAUUACGCUUAUGUUCCUCCAGCAUACUCGAACGACGCCCCACCCAGCUAUGAAGAGAGCAAAGAGAAGAAAUACAAAUAAAAGCCAUCUAGUACGCCGAACGGUUGGAAAUUUUCUUUAUUCUCUUAUAGUUUAAUUGAAAUAUUUAACACAAAAUUUACUCGUCUGAUUUGGUGUCGACCUAAUUAUAUUACAUUCCU